GAUGAUGCUGUCACUAGGUAUUUUGAUGGACUUGUACAGUAUGGCCAGGGGUAUGAAAACCGUAUACAGUUUAGUGGUGAUGUAAACAAAGGGGACAUCAGUAUCACCAUGAACGCAGUGACCAUGGAGGACAAUGGGACAUACACAUGCAACGUUCGUCUACGCAGUGACCCCCCCAGGCAGACCGCAAGCAUAGCUCUCUUCGUUCUUGUUGCACCAUCCAAACCAGAAUGCAAGAUUUUGGGGACAGCAGAAUAUGGACAGACAAUCAAUCUGACCUGCAUUUCUCAUGAGGGCUCCCCAACGCCAAGAUAUACCUGGCAAAGCUUCAAUAUACAAAAUGAGCCCCGUGUACUACAAACAACACAAGGGGAACAAAUAACACUGAAGAACAUCUCGGCGGAUACCUCUGGAUUUUACAUCUGCACUUCAACAAACAUUGUGGGAAAGAACUCUUGUAACAUGACAGUCAGCGUUCUGCCACCAUCCAUGAACAUAGCUCUUUACGCUGGUGUCAUCGGUGGAGCUGUUGCUGCAAUUAUAAUUAUUGGUAUUUUAGCUUAUUGCUGCUGCUGUCGGGCGGACAAGGACAAGGACUAUGAGAUGACGGAGCGAGAAGAGAGAAAUGAACCCUCCAAGGAGAUACCUACAAGGAAUCAGAGAGCAGAGGAUGAUGUUGAAGAUGAAUGA